AUGGCAUCCAUUACAAGCGGCGGUGAUACCGAACAUUUAGGUAUUCCGAAAGCAGUUUUCGUCGAGGAUGUCGAUAGUUUUAUGCAACAACCAGAAAACGAUUCAGCUGAUACAGUGAUUCGAAGAUUGGAUGAUUUAAAUAGUAAAUAUCGUUUUAUGGAAAUGAAUUUACUACAGAAGAAAAAGCGUUUACAAGGCAAACUACCUGAUAUACAAAUAUGUUUAGAUAUGAUUGAACAACUUCGGAAAUACAAGGAAAAGGAUGCAACUAUGGAUACGAAUUUUCUUCUCGCUCAUAAUCUUUAUGGAAAAGCUACAAUUCCACCGACUGACAAGGUCUGUCUCUGGUUAGGUGCUAAUGUUAUGCUCGAAUAUACAUUAGACGAGUCAGAGGAAUUGUUAACUGGCAAUCAAAAAACCGCACGAGCAACACUUAAAAAGGUCGAUGAAGAUUUAGACUUUCUCCGCGAUCAAAUCACUACAACAGAAGUCAACAUGGCUCGUUUACACAAUUGGUCGGUCAAACAAAGACAACAAAAUAAGAAACAAUAA